GGAGCAGCAGAUAAAUAUACGUAGAUAUGGAUUAUUGACCAGACCUCCUGCAAGGAGUUUCCUGCCUCCUGCGUACUGUGCCCAGGCAAGUUUUGCCACGAUGGAGGCCGAGAAGGCGGCGAAGGUUUGUCCAGGGACGGACUCUGCGGGUGUCUCCUACACAAGUCACCUGGACUUGUGGAGUGAUGACAAGAAAAAGGCGAGCUGGUACAAGAAAGCGGAGGAGUACUGGGACGCGCAGGCUGCGACGCUGGAUGGCAUUCUGGGAGGCUUCCCGGAGACAAGCGAGCCUGAUCUGCGGGAAUCCAGGAGAUUUCUCAACAUCGUCCGCAGCGCGCCGAAGCCUCCGGGACGGCGGCGUGUCCUGGACUGUGGUGCUGGGAUCGGCCGUGUCACAAAGGGUCUGCUGCUGGAGGAGUUUGACAGCGUCGACCUGGUGGAGCCGAACGAGCGGCUUUUGGAACAAGCAAAGAAAGAGGCAGGUGAUGCCCGGACUGAGCGCUUCAUUGCGAGCUCUCUGGAGCAGUUCGCACCAGAAGAAGCCAGGUAUGAUGUGAUUUGGGCACAGUGGGUGCUGCUGUAUUUGACCGACGAAGACUUGGUGGCCUUCCUCGAACGGUGCAAGAAGGGACUUAGCUCGAACGGGACCAUCUUUGUGAAGGAGAAUGUUGUGAUAGAGGGGCAAUGGAAUGUUGACCGGGAUGACAACAGUAUCUCGAGAACCGAUGCCAUGUACAAGGAGAUUUUCAAGAAAGCCGGGCUGGUUCUGCAAGACGAGCUUCGCCAGGCUCACUGGCCGAAGGAGCUGGUCCCAGUCAAGAUGUAUGCCUUGAGGAGGAGUUAGUUUGGUGUUAGGCCCAUCUUUGGGCAGUUGUAGCUUUAGGUUGCGUUUCACCUCAGAUGUCGGCUCCAUUGCCGGGCAAAAUAAGCAUAGUGAGUGAAGGGCAAGGAUACUCAAAGUUUCGAACGUAGCACAGUCCCUGGAGAAAGUACUGGCAGGCCUUGUGUGGCGUGCUGCGCUGUCCCAACUAAGCAUCGAAGCCACACGCAAGAGUCCCAGCGUCAUUGGCCAAUGAGAUGCCGCUGUCGUUUUGAAGAUCUGUGGAGCAUAUAUGGCAGGUGGUCCCAAGGGCCCCUACCAACCGUUGGUUAGCGAGGAAGUGGGUGGACUCAUCCCUUCGAGUCUGCGCGGCCGGAGGUGCUGCAUGGCGAUGCCCG